CCACCACACAGUUGUUUGUGGCGACGUCCGAAUUGCAGACAGUGGGUCUGAAUCUCCAAGGUUCCAAUUCUCUCUCCAAAAUCCAAAAAUGAAGGGAUUGGGCUUAAUAUUCGCGAUGGUUUCGAUGGCUGUGAUGUGGUACACAUGUCAGGCGAGCAGCAACCUCCACCCUCUGGUCCUGGUGCCGGGGAGUGGUGGAAAUCAGCUAGAAGCAAGGCUUACGGAUGGGUACAAACCGUCGAGCUUGCUGUGCAGCCGACUCUAUCCGCCUUUGAAGGACAAAGAAGGGUGGUUCAGGCUGUGGUUCGACCCCGCCCAAGUCGUCGGUCCAUUCACUCAAUGCUUUGCCCAGCGGAUGAGGCUUUACUAUGACCCACAACUUGAUGAUUAUGUAAAUACCCCUGGUGUUGAAACCAGGGUCCCUAGCUUUGGUUCUACUCGCUCUCUUCUUCAUUUAGAUCCUCAUCUCAAGCGCAUCACAGCAUACAUGGGGCCCCUGGUGAAAUCUCUGGAGCAAAUGGGUUACGUUGAUGGCGAAACAUUAUUCGGAGCUCCAUAUGACUUUCGAUACGGUCUAGCGGCAGAUGGUCACCCAUCACGCGUUGGUUCCAAGUUCCUUGAGGACCUCAAAGAUUUGAUAGAAAAAGCAAGCACUUCCAAUGGAGGAAAGCCAGUAAUACUCGUCUCCCACAGCUUGGGAGGCCUCUUUGUCCUCCAACUUCUCAACCGAAACCCCCCAGCUUGGCGUCAGAAAUUCAUCAAGCACUUCGUCGCAUUGUCCGCUCCUUGGGGUGGCGCAGUGCAGGAAGUGCACACCCUUGCUUCUGGCUACACUCUGGGAGUACCCCUAGUUGAUCCAUUGCUGGUGAGGGAGCAGCAGAGGAGCUCAGAGAGCAACUUAUGGCUCAUGCCUUCUCCUAAAGUCUUUGCCAAACAACCACUCGUGGUUACAUUAAAUGCUACUUAUACAGCAUACGAUAUUAUGCAGUUCCUCAAUGACAUUGGGUUCCCGGAAGGGAUCCAUCCUUACCAAUCUCGCAUUGUGCCUUUGUUGGAACAGUUACCAGCGCCUGAGGUGCCUGUCACCUGUAUAAUCGGGAGUGGCGUUAGAACAGAAGAGACACUGUUCUAUGAUGAAAGUGGCUUUGAUAGACAACCAGAGAUUGUUUACGGGGAUGGAGAUGGGACAGUGAACAUGGUGAGCUUGUUAGCACUUGAAUCGGAGUGGGCCGACCAACAAAAUCAGUCCCUUAAGAUGGUUACCAUUGAAGGGGCAUCUCAUACAUCCAUAAUCAAAGACGAAAAUGCACUUAAUAGAAUAGUAGAAGAAAUUUCAGGUAUUAAUUCUUAUACCUAUUCAUCAUGAAAACAACCCAAUUGACCAGUGAUCAAUUGCCUGGCAAUUGGGAACCGUUAUGAUUUCUCAAUCUGUAACAUUUGGUUCCAACUUCAGGGAACCCUCAUAUUUCAAUGAAAACCCACCAACAUACGUUUGCAAAGCUCCAA